AUGGAUUUACGAUUAAAAAGGUACGAUGUAUUUGGAUUUUCACAAAUUUAAUAAUCAUAAAAACAAUUGGAUUCAAAAAGAAGAUCAGACGAUAGAAGUUUUUUAUAAUUAAAAUAAUAUAAGCAUGAAUUCAAAAGAACUACUUCUAAUUCUAAUACCUGCUAAACGCAGAUGAAAAAAAUGAGGUUGAAACGCUAACCACAAAUCAACCAAAAUUAGAUCUUAUCAUAUUCACUCUCUAUUUAACUUAUGGAACAGUUACCUAAUAAAUAACUAGAUCCAAAGGUAGUCAAAAUGAUUCUCCCCAGCAAAUCUAAGAAUACUCUGUGUUAAAAUGAGGAGUCAACAUCAAAAAGAAAUAACUAUGAUAACUAUUUUGCUCAUCAGAGUUAAAAUGAACAAAAGGUAUAUUAAGGUAUAUCCUUCGUAGGCAUCAUUUCCUACUAUUCCAUUUUAAAAUAAAAUUGUUAAGUCAUAAUUCUAAGCCAAUUUGCAGUUCUAUAAAAAGCAACAGAGCAUCCCAAUUCAAGUUAAGUUAUCUAAUCAAGAGGAUAUUAAAAAAUAAUUUUAAUUAAUAAGAAAUAGGUAUGUUAAGAGCAGAACUGAGUUUGAAAAAUAGGAUGAUCAAAACAAGCCAUUUCUAAAAUCUGUAAAAUCAAAAUUUCAUUUGUCUCAAUAAAGAAAUUAGAAUUAGAAGUUAAUUAAUUAAAAUAAUAAUUCAAUUGAGUAAAAUAUUCUCGUUAAUUUAGAUCUUAAACAAACUUAGAUCUUGACUAUCUGGAAGACUUUUAGAAAUAUGACAAAAAGAAUCUGAAUAGAUUAAGAGAUGAACUUAUUUAAAACGCCUGA